AAACCCAAAAUUCAAAUUUGGAAAAAAAAAAAAAAAAAAAAAAUUGAAUGGCGCACGUUAGCAAGAAUGUCACUGGUAAAGCGUAAGUUAGCAAACUGGGGAGGGAAGAUGCUUUCCUCAUCCACCGUCUUCCUCCAACUCCAAUCCUUCAACUUUCUCUCUCCUCUUCCUUAUCCUGCGCCUUCACCACACACAACUACAGGAGAACCCAAAGUCUUUUUUCUCUCUCUUCUCCUUCUUCUUCAUUUUCUAGGGUUUUCUGCAAUUCCAUGUUUUCGCCUCUUUCUCCUUAAUUCUUCUCCAAUGGCGUCUCUUUGAUUCUUCUUUGUGUUUCAAUUCUUUCACCAGUUGUUUAAAUCUUGCAAUAUGGAGCGUAAUUCGCCGUUAUCUUUCGCCAGUCUCUUCAACCUUGAGUCUCUGGUGAAUUUUCGAGUGCCGCAUCCGGAAGAUGAUUCUGAUUACUAUGGGAGUAGCAGUCAGGAUGAAAGCAGAGGUAGCCAAGGUAGAGGGAUAGGUGGUCAUAGUAACGGAAUCAUGUCCGAGAGAGAAGCUAAAAAAAGGAAGAGGAUUAGGAACAGUGAUGAUGAGUUAGAAAACGGCUACUAUAGGACUCCUAUUACGGAGGAGCACUAUCGAUCUAUGCUAGGUGAACAUCUUCAAAAGCAUAAGAGGAGGCUCAAAGAUUCUUCGUUGAGUCCAGCACCUGCACGGAUCCCUACUCCUAUUCCUAAAAGCAGCGCAACUGCACCCGUGGCUCUCAAAAGUCGGAAAUAUGUAAAUGAGCACCGAGGUGGGUUACAAGUUGAGAAAACUCCAGAUUAUUUGAAUCGUUUCGUUCCUCAAAAUAUGGGAAGCCAUUAUGAUGCAGGCUAUGCACUUAAAUAUGCCAAUGACAGAAUGACUCAGGAAUCUGUAUAUUUGGACAUUGGGGAGGGUAUCACUUACCAAAUUCCGCCAAGUUAUGAUAAGAUGCCAGCAACUCUGAACUUGCCAAGCUUUUCAGAUGUUAGAGUGGAGGAGUACUAUUUAAAGAGUACCCUGGAUUUGGGUUCCUUAGCUGCAAUGAUGGCAGCUGAUAGGAGGUUUGGAGCCAGAGGUAGAACUUGCACGGGGGAUGCACUUUCUCAAUAUGACUCACUUCAAGCAAAACUGAAAUCUUUGGCUUCUAGUGAUCAGGUUCAGAUGUUCAAUUUGAAAGUGACUGAGGAAGGGUUGAACUCAAUUCCUGAAGGGGCAGCUGGAAGGAUACAAAGGUCAAUAUUGUCAGAGAGUGGUCAACUGCAAGUUCACUAUGUGAAGGUGUUGGAGAAAGGAGACACAUAUGAGAUUAUUGAAAGGAGCUUACCGAAAAAGCAAAAGGUAAAGAAAGAUCAAUCUACUAUCGAGAGGGAGGAAAAAGAUAAAGUUGGGAAAGUUUGGGUCAAUAUUGCUCGAAGAGAUCUACCAAAGCAUCAUCGAAUUUUUACUAACAACCACCGCAAGCAAAUUAUGGAAGCAAAGAGGCUUGCAGAAACUUGUCAAAGAGAAGUGAAAUUGAAGGUGAGUAGAUCACACAGGUUGAUGAGGGGUGCUGCAAUUAGAACAAGGAAACUGGCUAGAGACAUGGUGGUGUACUGGAAAAGAUUGGAAAAGGAGAUGGCUGAAGUGAGAAAGAGAGAAGAAAAAGAAGCUGCAGAAGCUUUAAAGCGUGAACGUGAGCAAGAAGAAGCAAGAAGACAGAAGAAGAGGCUUGAUUUUCUGUUGUCACAGACAGAACUUUACAGUCAUUUUAUGCAAAAUAAGCCUGUUGUACGUCCCUCCGAGGCGAUUCCUGGUGAUGAAAAUAUAAACAGUGAAGAAUUUGAAGAUGAAAAGGCUGAAGAAGAUACGGAAGAUGCUGAAUUAAAGAAAGAAGCCCUAAGGGCUGCUCAAGAUGCUGUCUCGAAGCAGAAAAAAUUGACUAGUGCCUUUGAUGACGAAUGCAUGAAGUUGCGGCAGAUAGCCGAUGAUGAAGUUCUGGGUGAAGAUGCCUCAGCCACUGGAUCUAGCAAUAUUGAUCUACUUCAUCCAUCAACAAUGCCAGUUACUUCGACGGUACAGACACCAGAAUUAUUCAAAGGUUCUUUGAAAGAAUAUCAACUGAAAGGCCUUCAAUGGCUUGUUAAUUGCUAUGAACAGGGUUUAAAUGGUAUUCUUGCUGAUGAGAUGGGACUGGGAAAGACUAUACAGGCCAUGGCUUUCUUGGCUCAUUUGGCUGAGGAUAAAAAUAUAUGGGGCCCAUUUCUGGUUUGUGCUCCAGCGUCAGUCUUGAAUAACUGGGCUGAUGAAAUUAAAAGAUUUUGCCCUGAUCUGAAAACUCUACCAUACUGGGGUGGACUUUCAGAGCGACAGGUUCUCAGGAAAAAUAUUAACCCAAAACGACUUUAUCGUAGGGAUGCUGGAUUUCAUAUACUUGUCACUAGCUAUCAAUUAUUGGUUACUGAUGAGAAGUACUUAAAGCGUGUCAGAUGGCAGUACAUGGUAUUAGAUGAGGCUCAGGCAAUUAAGAGUGCAAGCAGCUUAAGAUGGAAGACGCUUCUUAGUUUUAAUUGUCGAAAUCGUUUGCUUUUGACGGGUACGCCUAUUCAGAAUAACAUGGCAGAGUUAUGGGCUCUUUUACAUUUCAUCAUGCCUACUUUGUUUGACAGCCAUGAGCAAUUUAAUGAGUGGUUCUCCAAAGGGAUAGAGAGUCAUGCAGAGCAUGGUGGCACCUUGAAUGAACAUCAGCUAAAUAGAUUGCAUGCAGUGCUAAAACCUUUUAUGUUGCGCCGGGUCAAAAAAGAUGUGGUUACUGAGCUGACAGGAAAGACAGAGAUAACUGUGCACUGCAAAUUGAGUUCCCGACAGCAAGCCUUUUAUCAAGCUAUAAAGAAUAAGAUUUCGCUAACUGAGAUAAUUGAUAACAGUCGUGGGCAUCUUAAUGAAAAGAAAUUGAUGAAUUUGAUGAAUAUUGUUAUACAAUUGAGAAAGGUCUGCAAUCAUCCAGAAUUGUUUGAAAGGAAUGAGGGUAGCUCAUACUUCUACUUUGGAGACAUCUCAAAUUCUCUUCUGCCUCCUCCAUUCGGGGAACUGGAGGACAUACUAUAUACUGGUGGUCGAAAUCCUAUAACAUACCAGAUACCUAAAUUAAUCUAUGAAGAUAUGUUUCGUUGCUCUCGGACACUCUGUUCUGCUGUUGGGCGUGGUCUCAGUAGAGGAUCUUUUGAGAAAUAUUUCAACAUAUUUACUCCAGAUGUUAUAUAUCGAUCCAUAAUACCCCGAGAAGAUGCCACUGAUGUAGCAUCUAUUCGGAGUGGAGCAUUUGGCUUUACCCAUCUGAUUGACUUAUCACCUGCAGAGGUUGCUUUCUUGGCUAAUAGCUCCUUUUUGGAGAGACUGAUGUUCUCUGUGAAAACACAAGAGAGGCAGUACUUGGAUGAUAUUGUAAACUUAGUGACAGAGGUUGAAGAUGGUGACCUUCAAAUUGAGAUAGGAAAAGUCAGAGCUGUCACUAGAAUGUUGUUAACACCAAGUAAAUCAGGCAGUGGUAUUCUGAGAAGAAAGCUCGCAACUGGUCCUAACCAUGCUCCCUUUGAGGAACUGGUGGUUUCUCAUGAGGAUAGACUCAUGUCAAAUAUUGCACUUCUUCAUUCCGCAUAUACUUUCAUCCCUCAAAGUAGAGCACCACCGAUUUGUGCUCACUGUCCGAAUAGAAACUUCUCUUAUCAAAUGCUUGAUGAACUUCAUAACCCCUGGGUCAAGAGACUUUUUGUUGGGUUUGCUCGCACAUCUGAUUUUAGUGCACCUAGAAGGCCUGACGGACCACCUCAUCAAUUAAUUGAAGAGAUAGAUUCUGAAUUACCUGUUGUACAGCCAGCUCUUCAGCUGACAUACAAGAUAUUUGGUUCAUGCCCACCCAUGCAAAGUUUUGAUCCAUCGAAGUUGCUCACUGAUUCUGGAAAGCUACAGACACUUGAUAUAUUAUUGAAGCGCUUAAGAGCAGGGAAUCACCGUGUUCUUUUGUUUGCACAAAUGACAAAAAUGCUAAAUAUUCUUGAGGACUAUAUGAAUUAUCGAAAAUACAAGUAUCUUAGACUUGAUGGAUCAUCAACCAUCAUGGAUCGGCGGGACAUGGUUCAAGAUUUCCAACUUAGGAAUGAUAUAUUUGUAUUCCUGCUUAGUACAAGGGCAGGUGGUCUGGGUAUCAAUCUAACAGCUGCAGAUACUGUGAUAUUUUAUGAAAUCGACUGGAAUCCAACCUUGGACUUGCAGGCAAUGGACAGAGCUCAUCGUUUGGGUCAGACCAAAGAUGUUACCGUCUACCGUUUGAUUUGCAAAGAGACUGUCGAGGAGAAAAUUUUACAAAGAGCAGGUCAAAAGAGUACCGUUCAGCAGCUUGUUAUGACUGGAGGCCAUGUACAAGGUGAUUUAAUGGCGCCAGAAGAUGUUGUCUCUUUACUCAUUGAUGAUGCCCAAUUGGAGCAGAAAUUGAAAGAAAUUCCUAUACAGGUCAAAGAUAAACAAAAGAGGAAGCGAGCAAAUAAAGGCAUAAGGAUAGAUGCAGAAGGAGAGGCUACUUUGGAAGAUCUUGAUAAGAUUGCAAAUGAAGCUUCUGUUAUUGAACUCUCUCCAGAUUCAGAAAAGCCAAAGUCCAAUAAAAAAAGAAAAACUGGUGAUAAACGUCAGCCGAAGCAGAAAGCUGCAAAAGCCAUUGAUGCAGAAAAAAAUGACGCUGGGCAAGGGAAUGAGUUGGAUGGCUUCAUUAACAACCCUGAUCAAGAGCAAAGACCAAAGAGGCCAAAGAGGGAAAGACCGACUAAGAGUGUGAAUGAAAACAUCGAACCUGCAUUUACUGCUGCUCCUUUUGCAGUUCCUCAGCAGCCUCAAGCUCAAAACGUGCCUUCCGUUGAUCAGAGUUUAGGAGGUAUGGCAACAUUGUGAGGAGAAAAACCCCCAUCUCAUCAAAGUAGCUUAUAGCCUUAUGGUUCAAUAUUUCCCAGUAUUAGGAAUUAGGAAUCAUCAGUACAUGUUAGCUUUGUUUUUACCUAACUGGAUUUCUUGCUUCCGUUUUUGCUGAUCCCUACGUUGGAUUGUGGGAAGCAAGAUGCCGGGUUGUAAGUGUUGUACAGGUUCUUCAAUUAAUGGUGCCUUUUUAAACUGGCAAUUAUAGUUUUAGCAAAUAGUUAGCAGUGUAUUUAAGUAAUAUCAAAUGAUUAAUCACAGGAAAUAUAAGCAAAGUACUGUCUUUGCUGUAUAUAAGUUAUUCAUUUAGAAUGUAAAUCAGAAGAUACUGAAGAGGUUUCAUGAUCUUUAGUUUUUGGAGAAAAACAUUGCAUGAUCUUUUGGAAUGGUCAUUUUAAUGUUUAUUGUCGAUGUUUGUAUGACUGAUUAGUUCACAUGGUUUCCAAACAUUAAUUUAUAUACUCUUGUUGUUUAGUAA